AUGGCCUCGAAAGCCUCCUCGAAGGAGGAUCGCCGGAUAAAGGUGCUGGUGAUAGGCGCUGGCGCCGCUGGAAUGUGGUUUUGGUCGCCUGCCCGCUCUACGGGAGUGGCGGCUACAUCCACUUCGUGCGCCGCAACCCUAGCGAAAGAACCGGACAAGUUCGAAGUGACAUUACUCGAGAGGGACCACGUACCCGGCGGACAGGCAAAGUCGAUCGCCAUCGACAAGGAGAAAUUCGGAGCAGACUGGGUAAACAUCGGGGCUCAGGGCGGUCCAGGAAUAUGCAGACACACGUACAGCUUCUUCCGCGAAUAUGGGCAUGAGCCGCAAGAAACGACCCUCCAGUUCGCGUUUGGCAAGGGAAAAGAGAACUUCUGGACAAGCGCGUUUCCAACAUCGCUCGUGGACGACCAUGCAGCUGAGAUUCGGAGGUUUGGAGAACUGCUCAGCACGAUUCGAAAGUAUCCUCUGCUCUGGCAUCUUCCGUUGAAGGCAUUCCUCCGUCUUUACGGCUUCUCCACGGAGUUCGGCAACAAGAUCGUCUACCCGGCGACUUCUAUAUUCUUUGGCAUGGGGAAUCAGGGUCGUGAUGUGCCAUGUGGUCUAUUUCAGGGACUGUUCGAGGAUCCGGACAUAAAAUUUUGCCCCUAUGAUAUGAAAUCACUUGUGCCGUACGAUCAUCGCGUAUAUGCAUACCCGAACAUGAGCCAGUUUUAUCUGGACUGGACAGAAGGACUCCGCGCCAAGGGGGUGGAGAUCUAUUUCAACACCCAGGUAAUGAAGGUUGUCCAGAGGAAUAAACGAGGCAUCGUGGUAGAAACUCGUCGGAUUGACGCAGAUCAAAGAAUUGGAGACGGCGCCCAUUUCAGAACUCUGUCAAAACCAUACGACAAAAUCGUUUUCUGUAUACCAGGCGACCAGGCAAAGCAACUUCUGGGGAAAUUGGCUUCGUGGCGGGAGAGCUUUGUGCUAGGGACGACAAAGUGGCAUAAGGAUUUAACUGUGACGCAUUCCGAUCAUGCCUACUUUCAGAGAAAGUUCGAGGUGCGUUAUAGAGAUGAGAUCUGCAGUGAUCCCAAAACCGAUGAGGAUAGACAGCAUAUUGAAGUUGCCAAGGGAGAGGCAGGUGUCGAGUCCGGAUUUCAACCGUCAUAUUGCACUUUUUCCUACCAUACGCGGCCAGAGAAGAUGGAGGUGGGUUAUGACUGUACGCGCUUCCAAUACCAAUUCCGGAACCCGCCUGGAAGUUCUGCGCGUUUGCCGCCGUUCGAAAACCAUAUAUUUCAAAGUCACUUCAUAGACGAGAACUUGAAAGAUGUGUGGACGGUCGACCUCAUCGAUAAUGACAAAGUCAUUGAGCAGAAGUGGUGGCACCAGCUAUCUCAUAGGUGGCAGCAUUUUGCGAGGUUGGUGCCGACCAUGAAGUUUAUAAACGGGAAUAAUAACACCAUCUAUGCCGGUUCCUGGACAUAUACGAAUCUGCACGAGGUCGCUGUUAUUUCCGGUACGGCAGCUGCAUAUCGCCUGGGGGCCAGGUAUGACAAAAUUGACGACGUUGCUGAUAGAGUGUUCGCCUACUUUCUCAACUUGUCUCACGGAAUACGGUUUAGGAGAAAGUGA